AUGUUCACUGUAGCUUACCAUGUUAUGAUGGAUAUUGCAACAUCAUUACAAAUACUUAAUAAUGACGAUACUAUUGAACAUCAUCAUCACAGUGGUCCGAUUUCAAAGACUCUCAGUUUGAUUCGGAACAAAUUGGACGUGGCUUUAUCAACGUCAUCCCUCUAUCCAACACGUGAAGAAGUACGACAGUGGAAGAUGAGCUUUGAAGCUUUACUGAAUCAUAAAUGUAAGUUUUCUCUUUUUUUCCUUUUUCUCAGCACUUUUAUUUUCUUCUUUUUUUUUCUUACAGAUGGCUGCACGUUGUUUCGUGAAUUUCUGAAGAAGGAGUUUUCCGAUGAAAAUGUCGAUUUCUGGCUUGAAUGUGAGGAGUUCAAAAAGAUGAAGGAGGGCAAAAAAGCCACAAUUCAACGGGCACAUGAGAUCUACAAAGAAUACGUCGCAGCUGCCGCUCCCAAAGAGGUGAAUCUCGAUUCCGAUACCCGAGCCGCAACGAAAGCAGCCAUGGAGGGCGGUUGUAAGACGGACACCUUCAGUUUGGCCCAAAGUCGUAUUGAACAGUUAAUGGCCAAGGACUCCUAUCGACGAUUUCUCAAGGAUAGCCUCUAUCUCGACCUUGUGGAUGGUGUUGAAAAUGGCGAAAAUACUCCAAAAAACAGCCAAAAAUAG